UCGGCAGAGGUCAUAUAUAAGACCACCCAUUGGAGAGAGAUGUCAAUUCCAUACUUGUCUUUUCACGACAAAUCUUUUCAAUUACUACCACAACAACGAUAACAUAUCCAGCAACCAUGGCAUCCGAACAAGCUGUAUUUGACGCCGAAGUCCAGGAAGUCGAACAAUUCCAGAAGCAACCCCGCUUCAAGAACAAGCUCCGCUCCUACUCUGCCGCCGAUGUCGUCUCUAAGAGGGGCACUCUGAGACUUUCAUACCCAUCAGACGUACAGGCGCAAAAGUUGCACAAGAUCUUGGAGAGUAAGGCGAGGGGAGAAGGUGGUGGCUGCACUGCUACCUAUGGAGCUCUCGACCCAGUCCAGAUCACACAAAUGGCCAAGUACCUCGAGACCGUUUACGUCUCUGGCUGGCAAUCAUCAUCUACAGCCUCCUCCUCCCUCGAACCCGGACCCGAUCUUGCCGACUACCCUUCCAACACUGUCCCCAACAAGGUCGCCCAACUCUUCACCGCCCAACUGUUCCACGACCGCAAACAGCGCUUCUACCGCUCACAGGCCCGCGCUGCUGGCGAGUCUCUUGAGCCUCCUGUCGACUACUUGCGCCCUAUCGUUGCUGAUGCCGAUACCGGUCACGGUGGUCUGACGGCUGUGAUGAAGUUGACAAAGAUGAUGGUCGAGAGCGGUGCCGCCGGUAUUCACAUCGAAGAUCAAGCCCCGGGUACGAAAAAGUGUGGUCACAUGGCUGGUAAAGUCCUCGUCCCCAUCUCCGAACACAUCAACCGUCUCCUCGCCAUGCGCCUCCAAUGCGACAUUAUGGGCACCACCAACCUCCUCGUCUGCCGAACCGACUCUGAAGCCGCCACCCUCAUCACCACCAACAUUGACCCCCGCGACCACGCUUUCAUCCUCGGUUCCACCAACCCCGACGCCGGCGAGCUCAACGAGCUCAUGCUCAAAGCCGAAGCUGAGGGCAAGAGCGGUGCGACUUUGCAGGCUAUCGAGGAUGAGUGGGUUGGCAAGGCGGGUUUGAAGCUUUACCCAGAGGUCCUCGCGGAGGCGCUCGAGAAGCAGGGUGUCGACAAAUCCAAGAUUGCCGAGUUUGUCUCAAAAGUCAGUGGAACGGCGCACGCUUCGCACUCUGCCACCACCGCCCUUGCCAAGUCCUACGGCCUCACCUCCCUCCCCUUCUGGUCUUGGGACACUCCCCGUUCCAGGGAAGGCUACUACCGAUACCAAGGCGGAACACAAUGCGCCAUCAACCGAGCUAUCGCGUUCGCCCCUUACGCCGACUUGCUUUGGAUGGAAACCAAGAGCCCCAUCUACAGCCAGGCCAAGGAAUUCGCCGAUGGUGUGCACAAGGUCCACCCGGGGCAGUGGUUGGCUUACAACUUGUCACCGUCGUUCAACUGGGAGAAGGCGGGGCUGGGGAAGAAGGAGAUGAAGGAGUACGUUUGGGAGCUGGGGAAGCUUGGUUUCGUCUUCCAAUUCAUUACUGUAUGUCUCACCCCUCUUCUGCUUCUUUUGUUGCAAGUACUGAUCUAUCUUAGCUUGCGGGUCUUCACUCGAAUGCCUACAUCAACGACCUCUUCGCCAAGUCAUUCGCUACCGAAGGCAUGAAGGCCUACGUCGAGCUUAUCCAAGGACGAGAACGCGAAAUUGGAUGCGACGUCUUGACUCAUCAAAAGUGGUCUGGAGCAGACUAUGCCGAUGCGAUGAUGAUGACCGUCACUGGUGGUGUUUCUUCUACCGCCGCCAUGGGCAAGGGUGUCACAGAGUCGCAGUUCGGUGGUGAUGACAAGAAGUCUUCACAUAAACUCUAGUCGGCUUGCUCUACUGUCUCUCUCUACCUUUUUCGGGCUCAGUCGUCUUGGAUCGGUGGUUCGGUGUAUGAUUAGGAAGAAUAUGUCCCAUACGGAAACAAAAUAGGAUUAGUGAUUAGAGCCUUUAUGAAUCGUUUUGCAUACGUA